AUGUCCUUGUCAGGACAGCGGGUGAACUUGACCGCUGGCUCUCAAACAGGAAAGUUGUCGGGUCCGACGUGCGCGCAUACAUCCCUCCAUCCAUCCAUCCAUCCAUCUCAUCACAUCCAAACAUCGAUAACAUCCUCUUCAAGGUGUAUCAACCAAGGUGGCAGAGUCCUGCAACGUACUGCAAGGCCCCACCUCGCAACUCGUGGGACUUAG